GCUGAGAAGAGCAUCACUCUUGGUGGUUAGAAACAGCUGCAAUGCACCUCGGGAAUCAUACAAACUAAAAGCUAAAGUAGUCUGAAAGCGGAGUUUAAAAUGGAUGCUGUUUUUGGUGAAAGACCAAUUUCUUUGAGGGCCUUGGCCGAUUUUUCACAACUUGAUCAACAAACGCGUAGUCACUUGAAAAAUGUCUAUGCUGCCCUCACCUUGUCAACAUUUUUGGCAGCUGGUGGUGCUGGUGUCCACAUAUUUACUGAUGUCCUAAAAGGAGGGUUUUUGUCUGGCAUUGUUGGAAUUGGACUCAUGCUUGCAUUGGCUUUUACCUCAAAUGAGCCAAAGAAUCAAAUGAAGCGAAUGGGUUACCUUGGUGGAUUUGCAUUUUGCACAGGCCUUGGACUUGGACCACUUAUGGAUGCUGUUAUAGAAAUUGACAGAAGCAUCAUCCCAACAGCCUUCCUUGCAACUUGUCUCAUUUUUGCUUGUUUCUCGCUGAGUGCCUUGUGGGCAAAAGAAAGAAGCUAUCUUUACCUUGGCGGUACCCUGCUUUCCGCUCUGUCCGUGAUGCUGUUGCUGGGUAUUGCAAACAUCUUUCUGGGUUCUCAUCUUAUCUAUAAGAUCCAACUCUAUGGUGGCUUGAUCCUUUUCUGUGCCUUCAUCCUUUACGACACACAGCUGAUUAUCCAGAAGAGAAAGAAUGGGGACAAUGAUUUUAUUUGGCACUCCGUUGAUUUGUUCCUGGACUUCAUCAACAUAUUCCGUCGUCUCAUGGUUAUCUUGGCCGAUAACAAGGAAAGCAAGAAAAGAAAGAAUUAAGCACCCAUCAUUUGUCCCUGUACAAGCUGUUCCGGCAAUUAUGAAACAUUAUCACAAACAUUGCAAUGUUGUCGUUAUAAUAUUAAUGCUUAUUAAUAAUUAAAUAGAGAACAAGAAAGCUAAGCAUCUUUUAAUCGUUUUGUUUGCCUCUGUCAUAUAAGCUCACUUCAUUAUGGAUAUCCGAUUCUGGCGAAAUUUUCUUUCCAAUUCGGAUGUAUUUUUGUUCCAUUUGUCCUCACAAAAUUUUCUGUAGAAAACUUCUUUAUUCAAGUGUCCUAAACUACGCCUGCUUAAUUCAUCCCAGUUUUUAGAAUAAGACUUGUAGCUACGUGCUUUAUUUAGCAAUAAGUAAUUGUUGUGUUGAUAAAACAUCUAUCUGUCAAA